AUGGAAUCUGGCAGUCCAGAAGAGGAGGACCGCCUGGCCUCUGUGCUCAGUGUACAACGCCAGGUCCAUCUCCAGCAGCACCAACCGCAACCUCUGGCUUCUCCCCAGUAUCCGCAUCAACUUCACCGUCAGGCCAACUUCGAUUCCCACUACGACUAUCGCGAAACCGACUUCGACCUCGAAUCCGAUCCCGAUCCCUACCGCCGCCGAUCCGACUCGUCGUCCCACCAAUCUCAUCACCACUACCUCCCUAGCAGCCCCGUAACGAACGCCUUCGCCCGCGAGAACUUGGAUGCCUCUGCCGCCCACACGGCUGGGGCCUCUGCCGCUGGUAAUCAUGCUCACGACCCUGUGAACCCGGAUGAUUUCUACCGAAGCUAUCGAGGCGUACAGUCGUCGAGUCACCACCAUCGAACCCCUUCUUCAGAUACCGACUACAUGGCGACCUCCCUAUCUCGAGCCCGCGACAACCCGUCUACGCGGCCAAACGGCAAUGCCAAAGACCCAACGCAUCCGCCAGCGCCAGCAGGGCGUACCGCCGUGCGUCCCUCACAACGAUCGGCCUCCGCUCCCAUCGAACCCCCUGUCGGCGCACCGAGGACAAACACGAACAGGAAGCCGAGUGUCAAGGACUUGACCCGGAAAUUCGACCAGCAGACCUCCACGCCUGCGAUGCCCCAGAUUCCCGUCCGAGGUGUCCCGAUACGUUCGAACAAAACUGGCACGAACGUCGAUAAAACAACGCCCAGUGGGAAUGGGUCAACAUCAUACUCUACACUGAGGACCUCGGUCAACCGUGAACUAACACCUGAUUCCAGCAGAGGCACAACAUCAAGAACACAACGUACAAAAUUCGUCGCAGAAGAUCAGCUGUCCAGCAACUCACAAUCCUUCGCCAGCCGCAUUGCCAAGCCGCGAAACUUGAGUUCAACCACAGGCGGUGCGCAUGCGUCCAAGUCCAUGACGAAUCUCCAGCACAAACCCCCCUCCUUGCCUCCCUCCUCUCCUCCAGCACCCGGCUUGCUAUUUGGCGAAAUUCUUCCAGAGCAACGAGAUACUGCCAUCGUCGGAUUUGGCAUCGCGGGCUCAGGCUCACGACCGCGCAGAACAUCAGAGUCAAGUCUUCAUGUGGCUAAGCUCCAUCAGCGGACGAAAUCUGACCCAGAUCUCGUCGAGCCCGAGUCGCCGACUGAUUGGUACCGCACUGCGAAGACAAAACCGAAUGGUGCAACAGGGUAUUCGGCUCCCGCCCUAAGAGGUCAUGUUCGGGCACAUAGUGAUGUGGCUGCCUCAAAGUCGGGGGUAUCGAUGGCGAGAAAGGCUCUAGUGUCACGGCCGAUGGCGGAGCUUGAGCAAUCCGACCGGGCUGCGUCGCCUACAUCGCGCCUCCCUGUUUCGGUUCGGAAGCUCGCCACGCCCAGCGAUUCAACGAGUCCGCCUUCAACACGAGAAAGCUCCAGAGCCAAUUCGCCGUCGACGUUCAAGCGGCCUCCGCCGGCGAGCAAAACAAACCGGACAACUACUCCCGCUACCCGCUCCAAGACACCCACGCGAGCAAAGACACCCACCCAAGCCACGCCCGGACGUAAGCCCGCACCUCGAGGUCUCGUUACGCCAAAUAACAACACACGUCUCGCUGCUUAUGUGGCGGCGCCUCCUCCGAAACUGUCCCCCCCCCUGCGCAGCUCCCGACCUCGACAAUCUGUUUCGACGGCCACCACGGCAAGUUCGCGUAUGAAGACUAUCGACAGGUCCAAGUCGCCGCAGAAGCGCGUGCCCAGGCAACCCAGCAAGCUAGACGAAUUGACAACUCGAAGACGGAAGAUCUCCAUCGGGCCCAUCGACUUUGAGCAAAGACGCGAACACAUCAGACUGGCCUAUACUAAGUCUAUUCGCGACAGCCAGGUGCGGGACGCGAGACAGGCGGCUGCGAGGCGCAAUAAAGACCAAGAGUCUGUUGCCACCAAGGAAAAUGAAGAUGUUCCCCCAGUGCCCCCAAUUGAAUCCAAGGCGCCCUCAGUGGACCAUUGUGAACCCUUCGAGAAACCGAACGAGGAAAACCCUGACAAACCGGAAUCGUCGGCGCAGCCAACGUCACCCGAGCAAUCGCCUCAACCCCUGUCCAUCUUAACAGCGGUGCCACCUAUCGUUUCCCUCUCUCCGCCCCAAGCACAACCCGCCGACUCCCCCACCUUGGGCAUGCCCGGCACCUUCCCGGAGCCGAGUCCUUCUGUCGAGAGGGAAGAAAUUCCGCAAUCCGCGGUUUCGGCUACAAGUGAGACGACGGAGUUUGAUAACGAACCGCAGGAAAUGCCACCGGUGCAGCUCGAACCCUCGCACCCUCCGACUGGCCUGGGACUGACGAUCGCUCAACCUGGCGGGAACCACGAGCAGGCUGAGAUGGAAGAGCUACGACGAACAACUUCGCCCGAGAAUCCCGAAGUGGAGAAACCACAACCGCCGCCAACGCCGGAGGAGACUGCCGCGGAGUCUUCGGAUGAACAGCCCACGCCACAGGCGGCUGUGGCUGAGGAAGCGCAGCAAUCGCCGACACCAGAGAAGGCUGAAUACCAGUACCCCUUCGAGGACGAGUCUGCUGGUGGUGACGACCUCGUGUCAAUCAAGAUCUCGCUGGAUGCAACGUCUCCCCGGCAGUCGCUCGAGCCGACCCCUACAAGGAGCGAUUUUGAAGACACGUCCGUUCCCGGUGCGUUCGCCAGCUCGCGGCCAAUUUCCAAAGAGUACGAACCAGUUCCCUUCUCGAGCCCUUCAUACGAAACGACGGUCAAGAUCCUCCGACGGGAAUCCGAAUAUGAUUCCCCACGGCAAGAAGAAACGAUUCCUUUCCCGAGGAUGGAGUCCUAUGAUGACUUUGAUGACCAGAGCCAACUUGGUGAUAUGGAUGGGUCCGUCUGCGAUGUCCCGUAUUUCCAUCGCAAUCCAGAGGAAGAGCAGGACGUGGGCGCACCGUCCAGCGACACCCUCGAAAAGCCCGAGGACUUUUACAACGAGCGCCGCAAGGAUAAUGAUUCGUCACAGCGAGCGUCCACUUGCGAGUCUUCCGACGCGCAAGACGACCCUCACAAGACGAGCCUCGAAAGCCAGCAAACUCCGGACACUUCUCACAGCCUGAUGGUUCCAUCCAUGCAUGUGACAGUAAACCGGGUCAGUCAGCAAUCUGCUUGGACUGACUUCUCCGUCGACAGCAAUGAGCCCCUUGACCACAGAGAUUCGGCGUUUGAUGAUGCCUUGCCUCUUCCGAAGCCGCCGUACGCGUCCGACCCCACGUACGGAUCCGGCUCUAGCAGAGACUCCUCCGCCCGGCAGAGCGAGCACUACAGUCCAGACUUCACCCCGUUGGAUUCCGGAGCCACCCAACAGAUCAGCCGCGCGACCAUUCAUCAGCUACCGGAGCUGGACACCGGAGAAGGCUUCUCGAUCUCUUACCUCGAGAGUAAGCAACCAUUGGUGAAGUCAGGUUCUUUUUCACGUCCGGACCAUGAGCCUCCGCCAGUUCCUACUCCUAAGUCGAGGUCGCUCCACGAGGGUCGGCGAACGGCAACCAGUAGUUACUACGCCGACACCAUUUCCGGAAGUAUCAUGGCGAGGUCUUCUUGGCGCGAGAGCGAGGAUGUGUCGCGUCCUGUCUCCACCACUCAGUCUAUUGACCACAUGUCGAUUGAGACCCGGGAAUAUUCUCUCGGCGGACAGACCCCGAUUGACUCGAUUGCAACACCUGGGAAAGAUAAUGACGGGCCAACCGGAAAGGAGAGACACCGGCUGGUGCAACGGCGCAAUGUGAUCAGAGAACUCGUAGACACCGAGAUGGUGUUUGUCAGGGACAUGAACAUUGUGGAAGAGAUCUACAAAGGAACCGCUGAAGCCUGCCCCCGAUUGGACGACAAGACUAUCAAACUUGUCUUCAGAAACACGGACGAGAUCAUCAGCUUUCACACCACCUUCUGCGCACAGCUCAAGGAGGCUGCCAGUACGGUAUAUGUGCCCCAUGGACGCCGAUCGCCUUUGCCAAAGGAAGAUUCGACCGCUUCUGAUCAGGCUGGAAACUCCUCAACUAACCCGGCAAACCCCGAGCUGGGCGACGACAAAGACAGAGCCACGUCGAUAGGCCCACUCUUCAAGAGGAACAUCGAGCAGAUGAGAUUGGCUCAUGAGGGGUUUCUCCGAAACAGUGACCACGCAGCCAAACGGCUGAUCCAGAUCCAGCAAGACCCUACCGUGAAGGUCUGGCUGACCGAGUGCAAUGAGGUAGCCAAGGACCUCACGGCAGCCUGGGAUCUUGAUUCGCUGCUCAUCAAGCCUAUGCAAAGGAUCACAAAAUAUCCCACUCUCAUCCAAGAACUUUUGCGACACACUCCGGAAGAUCAUCCGGACCGCGCUGAACUGGUAUCAGCCAAAGAAACCUUGGAGCUGGCUAUCAUCGAGAUCAACAAGACGAAGAAGAACUUUGAGCUUGUUGGGCAGAUUGUCGGCCGGAAGAGGAAGGAGUCUGACGUAAAGGCUGGGUUCGCUCGAGCCUUUGGCAAGCGAGUUGACAAGCUCCAGGCCACAAGCUCAAAGAUCCCUGAAGAUGCUGUAUAUGCCAAGCUUCACGAGAAAUUUGGCGACGACUACCUCCGGCUCCAAGUUGUCCUCCGAGACGUCGAGUUCUACACUCGACAGGUCAGUGCCUACGUGCAUGAGUUCCUCCAGUACCUGUCAGCUAUGGAGCUUGUCAUGCGGCUUCAGCCAGGCAGCUAUCCAGAACUGGAAAGCAAAUGGGUGCAAUUCAAUGUCUCAAUGAGAGACAUCGAGAAGAUUGCCCUGGAAGACCAUCUUCAGCAGGUUCGGAAGCAUGUGAUUGAGCCAUUUGAACAUGUCAUCAAGGCCUAUGGUAACCCCUCACUUGCGAUGAAAAAGCGAGCAAAGAGGCGUCUUGACUACGAAAGAGCCGAGCAACUCAAGAAAGGGGGGAAAACGCCAGACCCCAGACUCAAGGAGUUGGUGGAACAGUAUGACGCGCUCAAUGAGACUUUGAAGAAGGAGUUGCCACAACUCUCUGCCUUGACGGAGAGGAUUGGCAACAUUUGCCUGGGCAACUUCGUCAACAUCCAGGCAAAUUGGUACUCCAUAUGGGUGGAGAAGGUGAAGAAGGUGACAGGAGAUAUGGGGCCGCCUCCUGAUGUCCCUGACAUCGUGUCCACCUUCCAACGGGACUACAAGUAUGCUCAGGAACUGUUCACAAACAUUGGAAUCCUGAACCCAACAUACAAGGGCAGGACAUCGCAGUCGACCACAGCCAGCACAGAGGAUGCUCCACCCAAGCACCGCGCUCGACCUGCUGAGGUAUCCUCCCCCCGGGGCCGGGGCCUAUCGGUGAAUGGCGACCAUGCUCCCAUGCUGCCAACACCAGACUUUGCCAAGCGCCACAGUGGCCAGUUCACCCUAUCACCCAGCACAACACCCCUCAGCCCCCACCAGUUCUAUUAUCGAGACUACUACACUGGUGCAGCCGUACAAAGGCCAUUGGUGUCAGCAUCACCUGUCACAGGAGACCAAUCCCCUGUGCCACGUGCUAACAUGCCCCCGCCCUCUACUCGGCCUGGCACAGGCCGAAGUCAUGAGCCAAAUGGUCUGCCUAGACAGAGUUCAGAAUCCACAGCAAACAACAGGCGGGACUCAAACCCAGCUCAUCAGUCUCAGCACUCUAGUAUUGAAGCAAGGAGGUUCUCAGGUCUAUUUCACUCUGCUCUUCCUUUGCCAGAUGGUGUGGAAGAAAGUCAGAGAUCAUCACGAGCAUCUUCACGUGAGCGUACACCAGCUGGAAAUGGAUAUAACGUGCUUUGGCUCGCAGCAUCACUCUUUGAGUUCAACAUUGAGACAACAAAGCAUGAGGCUGGGUACCCGUACCUCACGUACCAGGCUGGCGAGAUCUUUGAUGUGAUUGCUGAAAAGGGCGAGCUAUGGCUUGCCAAGAACCAAGACGACCCUGAUGAUCAAGUUGGCUGGAUUUGGUCCAAGCACUUUGCAAAAUUGGCUGACUCAUAG